AAGAAAAAAUCAAGUCAUUCCUCUCCCAGUGAUGUCGAAAAAUGAACAGAAAUAUUCAGAUGUGGUAGAAAUACUAGACUCCUAUGAAAAUCUUGUAAUAUCUGUUUGCAACCAGGCAAAUGUUGAAGCAAUGGAGGUGCACAUUGGUGGAGACCAACUCACUCGAGAAAGAUUUUCAGGAGCUAAGCGCUUAAGAGCAGCAGCACUUACUGAAAUGGAGAGAUUUCACCAUUUGACACCAAUUACAUUUGAGCUUUUCCAUUUACAGAUGUCUGUUCUCACUUUGUUUUAUCAACAACUCUAUAAUACAACAAACACAGAGCCCUUCACACUCCAUGCACAAAAGAUUCGUCUGCUUCGAACAGAUGCUGAUGGUAAUGACGUUAAAAACCAUUAUAAUCAUUGCAAAGAGCUGGCAGUAUCUUUUAUCAAAUCGUACAUAAUUGAGGCAGCAUGUGAGCAAUUUGGCAUUAAUGACUACAAUACUGUUCCUGAUAUUCAUCUGCCGAAUGAUGAUGACUCAGUCUCCUCUUGGCUAUUGGAAGUAGUUCAACCAGUUACAGAAAAAAUUCUCGAUGCUUGUAAACUUGAUAGUGACUUGGACCAUGGAUACUGUGACAAAGCAUCUGACUAUGCGAACCUUGUUCUACAACUAGGUGUUCUGUUCAUGGAAUUGAAUGAUGUGGUAAAAUACCCAGACAGAGAUAGAUUACUGGCAGUCCUGAAAAUACUUAUGGUCAUCUUAAAAGGACAUAACACCAGAUCGAAGUAUGCUCUUGAAAUUCUUCGUUUAUUGUGUCAGCAAUUUGCUUUGUUAAGUGAGAGUCAGGCAUAUUCUAGUUUGUAUGGAAUGUUUGUUAAUACUGGGGGGAAACUUGAUACAAACAGUCCAGCUGAUUUAGAAAUGGAACACCUGGUUAGAUUGACAAAAGGUCAUCUGAAAGCGAUGUGUUCUAACAAGUCCGAGUCUUCAGUGCGGAAACGAAGUUGUGCAUUUUAUGGUAUGAAGAAAAUCUGUGACAACUUUGAUGAACAAACAAAAGUUGUUCAUCGUGCUCAAAAGCACAAAGUGUUGUCAUCUGUUGAAGAUGAAAAGGCAAUUAUUAAAGACCUGAGAAAAGUGAGGCCAUUUCAGCAUGUGUGUGGAAGACAAAUUGCUUCAAUGAAGCACUGUCCCAAAAAUCCGGUAAAGAAGAUUAACACGGUAGAACUGCACAAAUGGAUUUCUCAGAACCAAAUUAAGUUUUAUUAUGAAAUUGGACGUUAAGCAAUAUGGUAACAUUGUUAUGCUUAAUAGUUCUGAACUCUUUAUUCAAAUUACAUAGAAUGUUUAAAUUUUACAAACAUUUUUAUAGACAAGGAUUUUUUAUUACAGAAACUGUUUCCCAUAAGGCCGAAAAAAACAAUCUUGUUUCUGGUCACCAGAUUGACCCUCUUUUUUCUAUUCCCACCCAAUCUUUUUGAUUGACACUUUCUUUAAAUAUGUCAAAAGUCAAUUAUUUAUAAAUAAGUUCUUUUUAAGGUAUAUUUGAUUUUUUUUUUAAGUAAAAUAAGCAUAGAAGCACAAUUAAGAACAGAACAGACCUUUAUUAGGUAACUUAUACUACAUGGUAUAUCGUUAUAAUCAAAUGUUAAUUUAUAAUCAUAAAUCACGAAACUCCCGUACCAUUCUCACACAUUUUCACCCAUACGCACUCUCCUUACUAACAUUUGCAUUAAGUCAACAUAGAAUAUAUAAAUUUUCAUCAAACAUAAAUGAUAAAAAAAUCAACCUAAUCAAAUAUAUUUAAGAUAUCUAAAAUAUUCGAGGAUAGACUUUCCUAAAAAGAUGUGAAAAUUCAAUUAAUCAACAAAUCUUAUUUUUAAUAAAACUAUUAUUUUUUGCAGAACAGAUUAAGCCAAAUUUAAGACUUCAAUCUUUACAGUGAAGAAAAAAAAGUAAAUGAUGCAGAUAGUGUAUAUCACGAAUCAAUACUUAACAAUAAAUACACACAAAGUGUAUAUAAAAUAAUAAAUGUACUUAAAUGUUUCAAGAAGGUCCUAUUCAUAUAGAACCGGUAAAUUACUUUAAAAAAUUCAUUUACAAGAUUUAAGCUUAUGCUUUAACAAUGAAAAAGUUAAAACAAAUAUACUAUACUCGCUGCUAUUUAAACAAAAAUUCAAAGACAUAUUAUGCAUAAAUAACAAGAUUUAACUAUGUGUUAGCAAUGAAAUCAAUAAAAAAAUAACAAUCUUAUGAUUUAUAGUUUAAAAAAUAAAAUGUCACGCUACAUGUUAAACAGAUAAUACUUUGCAAUAUGAAACAAAUAAAAAACAUGGUUUAAAUUUGAUACAAAUACUAUACUUUUUUGUAACAAAGUCUAAAUAAGAAUAUAACUUUAUAUGUUGUUAAAAAUGGCAAUAUGAAUGUUAAGAAUGAGUUGCAGAUACACUAUUGAACCAAGAUUGAUUAAAAACAUCUACUACUUGUUGCCUAAAAAUAUGCCCGUACAUAUUUUGGAAAACUCAACUAUCUGCCGAAGAAGUUUAGUGAGCUAUUCAAAACUAUCCCUCAGUAAUUAUUUACAUUAUUAACAUUUUUUUUUGUGGAGAGGAAAAACCUUACCUUCCAUCCAACAGUUAGGAAAAACACCAGAUUUCAAAAGGGCAUUAAAUAAAUUAGGUGAGAGGAUAAGAUAUCAAAUGAUUCUACAAAAUAUCUUGUUAAGCAGUACAAUCAUAAAAUACAAUUUUAUCAUCCAAAAAUAAAAAUAAAAACAGUUGCCAACUAACCAACCCUAUUUUAAGGGGAUGGUGUAACCAGCAACAGUAAUUGUAAUAAAAAUUAUAAAAAAUAGUGCUUACGAGUCAUGGUGAAGUUUAAGAAAACUAAGCUAUGUAUGCUUUUAGUUAGCUGACAGUUUACUAAAAUCAUAUUCUAUCCCCAGUUCAUUAUUGCACAAAUCACAACAAAUUGAAAACUGUUUGACUUCCUGAGUUUCAAAACCAAAAUACUGGUUAACUAAACUUCUUCGGCAGAUAGUUGAGUUUACACAAUAGUCCUUCAUUUCUCUGGUCAUAUGUUCAGAUGCAAUGUCUGAUUUGUUAAAGAAGAGAAUGGCCAGGGCAUCAUCAUGGCUUCUUCCUGCUCUGCCGAUCUCUUGUAUAUAAGCUGCAAAUAUAAUGUGUGUAUAUAUUAGUGUUUUUCCCAGGCCCUCUUAGCGUGGCGAUGUGCCAUGCCGCCCUCCCGGAACGCCACCCUAUUCAAAGGCAGAACUCGCCACGCGCCCUUAUCGAUAAGAUCUUUAUUGCCUUAUGACCUUAUUUGUCUUCAACUUAAUGAUAAAUGUUGUAAUCACAUUAUAAUUGAUAAGUAAAAAUAACCUAUACAAGUAUACCCAUAGCCGUUAUCAUUGAUAAGUAAUUAUAUAUAACAGUACUUUCAUAGCUUAAAAGGAACCACGCGUAUCUUUGCCUUUUUUUGCAUAAACGGCGCGUUAAAAUACCCUUUUUGAAUUUACUGCAACAUGGCCCUUCGCCCUCCUGGGAAAAACACUAUAUAUGAAGAUUUUCAAGAUAUUCAUUGGUUUACAAUUGUACAUUUUGGUAAAAAUAUUAGGAAAAUUGUUUCUAGUUUUAGGAAAACUUUGUUAAAAGGUAAUAAACAGCUCCAGAAAAAAUUAGGAUUAUAUGUGACAUUAUGUGUUAUGUUUGAGCUGAGAGCACAGAAUAGAACUUAAAACACAAAAUAAAAUCAUAUAAGCUUGGGUCAGUACUGAGGUCAGUUUGUUUGCAUCAGCAGAUCAAAACUUUAUUAACUUGUUUGUGCUCAAUGCUCAAUUCUGUGCUCAUUGCUCAAACUUCAAAUUGUUUUGUUGACUUUUAUAUCUAAUAUUGGAGCUUAAUUAUGCUAACAUUAUGACCAAUGUUGUUGAAUGCUGUGUUCGUUACACUACUUUUGGUAUAAUACUCAAAGCAUUUCAAUGUUGAUAAAUAUCUAUGAAAUAAACUUUUUUGAAAUUGUU